UUUCUCAUCCUUGUUGUCAUCAUGUCAAUGUGUAACACUAAACCUGAAUUUUCGUUACAUGGUCUAAUGGUUGGUGGGUCGAUUUUGGAAAACAAAAAUAUCAUAGAUUAUUAGAUUUAGAGGGUGGUGGUGCAGCUUCAAGCUUCUAGAGUUGUUUCCAGCGUUUUUUCCUGAAGUAUUUUUUUGCUCUCAGUUACUUUAUUGGCAGAAAUUUCUUGACCUUCCGAAACUAGAGAUGGUGAAGAAAAUUGUGUGCUGCUUAUAUUGAAGGUAUUACUGAAAGAUCAUACGGUCUAAUGGGGAAACAAGGGUCUCCGAGAAGCCCACAUCCCGAGCCACAGAUUGACGAUAACUUAUUGUCAGGGACUAAAGACUAUGAUCCUUCUAAUGUUGGGAGGAGAAUGUCAGGAGGUGAUAACCAUUUGAAUUCCAAAAUAUUGUUCCUUCAUGGUCUGAAAAAUGACCAUUUUCAUAUUGUGAGAAGUGAUUCUGUAAAAUAUGGUACCUGUAAAGGGAGCUUCGUGGGGAAAAAGCAUUUGUGGCUUCGAAAAGAUGUGCGAUCAAUCGUCAUUGUGUUUGCGUUGAUGGGUUUCCUUCUCCUACUUGAUUCUUUUCUAGUAUCUAUUUUUUAUUCGAUGGUUCUUCAGAAUUCAACUUAUUAUGUAAGAAAUCCACAGGGAUUUAAGGAGGACAGGGAUGCCUACAUUAUGAAAGAAAAAUCACCAGUACAUAUGUAUGACCAGCUUCUAAAGGUAGCGAAAGAUGCCAUUGCAGAGAAAGAGUUUAAGCCAGAGUCGUCGACUUUAUGGGAGGAACCAUAUAAGCAGGUUGCUGCAUGGAAACCUUGUGCAGACAGAAAAGUUUCGGCAAGCCUAGGGAGAUACAAGAAAAGUAAUGGAUACAUAAUAGUCAGUGCAAAUGGCGGUCUCAAUCAACAACGAGUUGCUAUUUGCAAUGCUGUUGCUGUGGCAUCACUUCUUAAUGCUACUCUUGUUCUUCCAAGGUUUCUUUACAGCAAUGUAUGGAACGAUCCAAGCCAAUUUGAAGAUAUUUACCAAGAACAGUAUUUUAUAGAUGUACUGAAGGAUGAAUUAAACAUAGUCAAAGAACUUCCUUCUCAUUUGAAAACACUAGACAUUGAAGCAAUUGGUAGCCUUAUUACUGAUGCAGAUCUUGUGAAGGAGGCAAAACCAAUUGAUUAUAUCAGAAUUGUACUUCCUCUUCUCUUGCAAAAUCAAGUUGUUCACUUCCUCGGAUAUGGAAAUCGACUAGGCUUUGAUCUGUUGCCUCCUGAGCUUCAGAGAUUAAGAUGCAAAUGUAACUUUCAUGCUUUGAAGUUUGUGCCCAGAAUCCAACAAGUCGGUUCUCUGUUGGUUAGAAGGAUAAGGAAUUAUGAUGCUGCCUUGAGUAUGUUGGACAAACAAUUGCUUGGAAAUUUCAUGCAAAAAACUCCCUCAAAGGUACAUGUUGCUGCAAGAGGCCCAACGAAAUAUCUCGCUCUACACUUGAGAUUUGAGAUUGACAUGGUGGCCUACUCCCUGUGUGAAUUCGGAGGUGGAGAAAGUGAGAAAAAGGAACUCCAAGCCUACAGGGAAAUCCAUUUUCCACUGCUCAUUAAGCGCUUGAAGAACUCAAAGGCAGUUUCUCCAAGACAGUUGAGAAUGUUGGGGAGGUGUCCAUUGGCACCAGAAGAAGCCGGACUAGUUCUUGCUGGUUUAGGUUUAAAGCAUGUAACUUACAUUUAUCUAGCUGGUUCUCAAAUAUACGGUGGAAGCUCUCGGAUGAAAUCCUUCACUAGCCUCUACCCUAACUUGGUCACCAAGGAAACUCUCCUCACACCGAGCGAACUUGCACCCUUUCAAAAUUUCUCUUCUAAGUUAGCAGCAUUAGACUUCAUUGCCUGUUCAACAGCCGAUGUGUUUGCUAUGACUGACUCUGGGAGCCAACUAUCUUCCCUAGUGUCUGGAUUUCGAACCUACUAUGGUGACGGCGGUGCUCCUACUUUGCGGCCAAACAAGAAGAGGCUAGCAGCAAUUUUGUCUGAGAAUAGUACUAUAGGGUGGAACAACUUUGAAGACAGAGUAAAAAAGAUGAUUGACGAAGGCCAAAGGGUGCAUGUGAGGAGGUUCGGUCGAAGCAUUUAUCGGCAGCCAAGAUGCCCGCAGUGCAUGUGCAAAUCUCGCUAACUUCGCUCGAUCAGACAACCCCUUCCGAUACUCUUUAGUUAUACCUCUAUUUUUUGGUGUCAUAUAACACUUUAUUUUUUUAUGUUCUUCCGGGCGGUCGUAUAUAAAGUAUGGCAGCUGCAUGCAUUAGUUCUAAAGGUUCUCUUUCAAAUAACACGCUUCUGGAAACAUUAACCAUAUAUUUUCAUUGAAAUAACUCAAUCACGGGCAAUGAAGCUU